AUGCGCCGGACAACCUCCCGGCGCUGGGGGCCUUACCGCCGCGCUGGCCAGGCAUCAGCCUCCGCCGCCGGCGCCGGCGCCGUCGGGGUCGACCGCCUCAGCGCCCUCCCGGACGCGCUCCUGCACCACAUCAUGUCGUUCCUCAAGGCGUGGGAGGUGGUGCCCACCUGCGUGCUCGCGCGGCGGUGGCACCACCUCUGGGCGUCUGUGCCCUGCAUCGACCUCUGCGUGCACCACUCCUCCUUCCGCGAUGCCAACCCGCCGGAGGAGUUCCGUGACUUCGUGGACAGCCUCUUCCUCCACCGUGAUGUGUCCGCGUCGGUGGACACGCUCCGCCUGCGGUCCAGCGACGACUAUGUGGGCUUCGACGAGAAAGAUGCCAACUCGUGGAUCAGGACUGCUAUCAGCCGCAAAGCGCGGGUUAUUCAUCUUGUUGGACAUCGUAAGGGAGUCGCGUCGUUGGACCGCGUGCCCUUCGUCUCUUGCCACCUCAAGAUCUUGAAGUUGUCGUAUGCCAGGCUCGACGAUAGGAUCCUUGGACAGCUUUCUUCUAGUUGCAAAUCCUUGGAAGAGCUGGAUCUGAAGGAUUGCUUGGUCACUGGCCCUAAGAUUGUGUCUACCUCUUUGAAGACAUUAAUCAUGCUCAAAUGCACGUUCAAUUGGGACUUCUCCAUUACUGCUCCGAACCUCGUGCUGCUGCGCCUCAUCACACCUUCCGUCCGAGUUCCGUCAUUUAUCAACUUUGGGUCACUGGUCACAGGCACCAUCAUACUUGAUGAUUCUCUCUUGUGUGAUGAUUUUGGAUACAUCAGUGAUGAAGAUAAUUUUGAUGAAACUACUGAUGAUGAUAACCACAACAAUGAUAAGAGAGAGAGCUAUAAGAUUCAUGAUGACUGUUCCUUGAGUGAUGAUGAUUUUGGUGAUGAUGGCAAUUUUGAUAAUUUUGGAUUUGGAUAUGGUUUUCCUAAAGGAAGAUAUGGACACAGUCGUUACAAGGAUAAUUAUGAUUAUGGUAGCGAUAUUGAUAGUGAUGACAAUACCUAUGAAUAUAGUGAGAUUGCAAAUGAUGCAAAGUAUGGCUACAAAGGGGCCAAGCUUUCCAGUGAAGAUGGUAAGUAUGGUGGAAACAGUGGUCGAAAUUAUAGUAAGAUUCUAGGUGGCCAAAAUAUGCUUGAGAGCCUUUCUACUGCUACGAGUUUGGACUUGUUAAGUGAUGCUGGAGAGGUGGUUCUGAGUAGGGAAUUGAAAAGGUGUCCAACUUUUAGCAACCUGAAGACCCUGUCCCUUGGUGAAUGGUGUAUGGCCGCUGAUUUUGAUGCAUUAAUUUUCCUGCUACAGCAUUCACCUAAUAUAAAGAGGCUUUUUCUCCAACUUAAAUUGAACUUCGGCAUGAGGAAGGCAUUGGAAACAGGUAUCAAGCUUGAGAGGAGAUCAUUUACUUGCAAAGAGCUUAGAAUGGUUAAGAUCAAAUGCUCAAAGGAUGAUGGGAGAGUCCAUACCUUGGCACAUAUGUUCAGUGCAAAUGGUAUACCCCUUCAGUAUAUAUAUGUGCGUCGGAGCGGGAAUGCUCAUCUCCGCGGCCAGAAGUUUAUGAGGGAACUCGCCAAGCAAGAACUGGAUGAAUGUGGGGAUGACUGGAUGUAA